GCUUCCCACGUGGGGGCUGACGCUGGCUGCUCGGCAACGCAGGCUUCAUCCUGGGGCUAUAAAACCAGUCCACCGUAGCUCCGCGGAGCAGCAGCGGCUCCCGCUUCUGUGCAGACGCCCAGCAGCCGGUGCACGCCGGCCCAACCACCCCAAGCGCCUUCAGCCCCAAGUCCUGCUAAAACUCAAAAGGUCUGAGGACCCCCACCGGGUCUGCUGCGCUCAGUGCCUACCCAGCUCGCGGUUAGCAGCCUCCCUUGCCUUGGCCGUGGCUCCUGGAGAGCCGAUCGCUCACCCAGCUUGGCCCUGAGGACCUGGGGGGUGCCUUCAUGCGGCCCCCACACCCUUCACCCCUCCGCUGCCGCCGCCCCCGAGUUCUGUACGCUGCGUCUCAGCCCCAGCAGGGCGCACAACUUUGGAAGUCCCGUGGCUCUCCAAGAGGAGGCAGAGUCUGCACCCUCGCCCGAGGUCCAGCCCAGCCCGCGCCACCGCGCCUGGGGGGCAGAGACAAAGUCGGAAAUCGCUUCGAGGCUGGAAGAAGACAGACCCAGGACCCUGAGCCCGCACCAGCACCCCUCCGCUGCCUCUUGGGGUAAGACUUCCUGCUUUCGCUCAGCUCAAGAGUCAAGAAUAAAUCUCUAGCCACCAGCUGGCCCUACUCUAUCUUGUCGUUUAGAAAUAAAACUUGUCUGUGUUUGGGGAGCUGGAAGAGAGAAGGCGCCCACCCGGAGCGUCGGAAGGGCCGCGGGUGCCAGUACAUGGACCACUAGCGGCCCUCCAGCUUGGGCCCGGGCUCCCUGCGGCCAUCUCCCUAUGUGAGGCGCGGCGGGACGAUCCGCCGGAGGAAGAGGAGGACCCACGGACGCGGGGCCGGCCGGAAGGCAGCUGGCAGCAGGCCCAGGAGAACCGGCGCCCGCGUUCAUGUUCCGCCAGGAGCAGCCGCUGGCCGAGGGCAGCUUUGCGCCCAUGGGCUCCCUGCAGCCGGAUGCCGGCAACUACAGCUGGAACGGGACUGAGGCUCCCGGGGGCGGCACCCGGGCCACCCCUUACUCCCUGCAGGUGACACUGACACUGGUGUGCCUGGCUGGCCUGCUCAUGCUGUUCACAGUGUUUGGCAACGUGCUGGUCAUCAUUGCGGUGUUCACCAGCCGUGCGCUCAAAGCGCCCCAAAACCUCUUCCUGGUGUCUCUGGCCUCAGCUGACAUCCUGGUGGCCACGCUGGUCAUUCCCUUUUCUUUGGCCAACGAGGUUAUGGGCUACUGGUACUUUGGUAAAGUGUGGUGCGAGAUCUACUUGGCGCUCGACGUGCUCUUCUGCACGUCUUCUAUAGUGCACCUGUGCGCCAUCAGCCUGGACCGCUACUGGUCCAUCACGCAGGCCAUCGAGUACAACCUGAAGCGCACGCCGCGCCGCAUCAAGGCCAUCAUCGUCACCGUGUGGGUCAUCUCGGCAGUCAUCUCCUUCCCGCCACUCAUCUCCAUAGAGAAGAAGGGCGCUAGCGGAGGGCAGCAGCCGGCCAAGCCGAGCUGCAAGAUCAACGACCAGAAGUGGUAUGUCAUCUCCUCGUCCAUCGGGUCCUUCUUCGCGCCUUGCCUCAUCAUGAUCCUGGUCUACGUGCGUAUCUAUCAGAUCGCCAAGCGUCGCACCCGCGUGCCGCCCAGCCGCCGGGGUCCGGACGCCUGUUCCGCGCCUCCUGGGGGCACCGAUCGCAGGCCCAACGGCCUGGGCCCGGAACGGGGCGCGGGCGCCACGGGCGCCGAGGCCGAGCCUCUCCCCACCCAGCUUAACGGCGCCCCGGGGGAGCCCGCGCCCGCCGGGCCGCGCGAAGGGGAUGCACUGGACCUAGAGGAGAGUUCGUCGUCCGAGCACGCCGAGCGGCCCCCGGGGCCCCGUAGACCCGAACGCGGUCCCCGGGCCAAGGGCAAGACCCGGGCGAGCCAGGUGAAGCCUGGGGACAGUCUGCCGCGGCGUGGGCCGGGGGCUGUGGGGCCCGGAGCUGCGGGCUCGGGGCCGGGAGAGGAGCGCGGCGGGGGAGCCAAAGCGUCGCGCUGGCGCGGGCGACAGAACCGCGAGAAGCGCUUCACGUUCGUGCUGGCUGUGGUCAUCGGCGUGUUCGUGGUGUGCUGGUUCCCGUUCUUUUUCACCUACACGCUCAUAGCGGUCGGCUGCCCGGUGCCCUCCCAGCUCUUCAACUUCUUCUUUUGGUUCGGCUACUGCAACAGCUCGCUGAACCCGGUCAUCUACACCAUCUUCAACCACGACUUCCGCCGCGCCUUCAAGAAGAUCCUCUGCCGCGGGGACAGAAAGCGCAUCGUGUGAACCUUGCUGGGACGCGCCCUGCUUACAGACGCUUGUCCCAUGCAGGUUCCGGGUUUUGAGGGGGCGCGUCUAUGCAUGCAGCCCCAGCGUUCUGAAACCCAAGACCUACCUGCUCUGUGUGCUGCCUAACUUGGAGCGAGCCCCGUGCUCUUGAGAGCACUUUUGGUUACAAGUGUAAAAAUCUGUCUGAGAGGGACACGUGCGCCUUAUGGUGGUUGCUAUGGUUGCUCCCCACACACAGCCAUUUUCCUGGUGGGCUACCCCUGAUCAGUAUUGUUUCCUAAUGAUAUUGACACCCUUGCCCCUGGUCUUGACUCUCCCAAGCUCUUCAGAGCAAGAGCAAGCAGUACUAGAGAGGGCACGGCUGCCAAAGGGUUAACGAACCAAGAUUUCCUAGCCCUGGCUAAUUACUAUUCUCCCUCCUUUAAAAAGCCCAUUCAGGGCAUCCCGCCUGCCCUCCUCCACCCCCACUGUAAAUAUACAUUAUUUUUGAUAGCGUACUUUGAAGUCCUCAACCUUGGCCUUGGUGUGAUGUUGGAAUCAUGGCGGUGGAGAUGCUACCGGGCACCUCGGCUCAACCAGGUCCAGACCAAGGUCCUUUGCAAUGCAAGCCCUUUUCUAGUGUCAUGUGGCUCUCAGUGCUUUUCACCAGUAACUGGUGACUGUCCCUUGGACACGGACCUGCUUUCAGAUUUCCUGACAGGGACAGGGUUUCUGUUCAUUGUCGUCGUCCCCCCUCACCCCCCCCGUGCCUAACAGCAUAAUUGCCUUUUCCUAUGUAAAUAUCACAGCGAUGGACCAAGACAGAAGGAAAUGAGCCUGCGCCUUGCAUCAGCCUUGUGUAUAAAGCCAUUAUUAUCUGAGGCGUCACUUGCCCCAGUAACUCACUUUAAAACUGACUCUGUGGUUCCCCACUCCUCGGGGGCCAAGGCUCGAAGAAGAAUACCUAUGUUUCUAUCUUGUAAGUGCGCUGCCCCUCCCCCCAGAAAGUGCUGACUCAGAGGGGAAUCUUUCAGCUGCUGAUUUUAGCCGCACAGGGAGGGGUGGAAAUUAUGUGGAAGAAACAAACCUGAUACAGUUUGCACAAGGUAAAUAGGGAGAAGACAAAUGGGCCUGCCAGCCCCAAGAGCUCUGAGGUGUGAGAGCCUCCCCGCCCCUGGCUCUUCUGGCUGAGUGAGACCUGUCACUAAUGAAUGGCCAAAAUGAGGGAGCAGGACAGAGACUUGGUGUUUACAGCAGGGUUUCUACGUAUUUCAGGCGGACAGCGGAAGGCCUGCGCUCCCAUUUCAUGAAAGGAAAAUUAAAUGUCAGCACUUGUUGCUUAUGACAGUGGAUUUUUUAAAAUAAAGUUUACAGAUCAAAUGUGAAAUAAACAUGGAUUAAGCGGU